AUGUCGGGGGACAUCCUAGCGACGGAGGAGCGCUCCUACCUGGCGCGCAAGCUCCCCCUGAUCAAGUUGUCUGCGUAUCAGGCGAAGUUCAUUUGCGAGGGCGUUGGCACCUUCAUUUUCGUGAUGACCAUCUCCCUGGCGGAGGUGAACUGCGGCGUCGCCUCCAUCAACGGCAAGAGCCGCACCCGCAACCUUGCCCCCAUCGCGGAGGGCUUCAUGCUCUCCGUGCUGGUGUUCACCUUCGGCUACAUCUCUGGCGGCCACUUCAACCCCGCCGUGACCUUCGCGGCGAUGCUUGUGCGGGCCAUGCGGGUGGAGGAGGCGGUGGCGUACUGGAUCGCGCAGGUGAUUGGCGGCGUUCUCGGCGCCGUGUUUGGGAUUCUGGUCAACGGCUUCCCGCGCCACCUGCCCGCCCCCCAGGUCUACCAGAACCUCCCGGCGUACGUCUUUACCGGCUUCCUUGCGGAGGCGUUGUUCACGGGGUUCCUGGUGACCGUCGUCCUCCACGUCGCCUACUCGCGCCAGCGCAACAACCACUACUACGGCCUCGCCAUUGGCAUGUGCCUCCUCGCCGCCGGGUACUCCGUCGGCGGCGUCUCUGGCGGCGCCUUCAACCCCGCCGUUGCGACGGGGCUUCAGUUGACGAAGUGCGUCGCCGCCGGCUACUGCGUUCCGUUGAUGCAUCUUUGGCUGUAUUGGGCCGCCCCCGCCGCCGGGGCUGUUGGGGCAUCGCUGCUGUUUAAAAUGACGCAUCCAGUUCCGCGGGAGACGGAGGAGGAGGCACGGAAAAAGGAGCUGCAGCGCUCCGCACGGCACCUCUACGGGUCGUAG